CCCUUAUAAAAUCAAUAAACGGUAUAAUAAUUUGAACCACUACUAUAAGUGUUAUAUAUUUUGUGUAUCAUAAAAAAAUCACUAAGUUCGAUAAUCUUAUUAUAAUUUUAUAAUAAACAUGUUGAUGUAAAAUUUAUUUUAUUGAUAGUUACUUUUUAGUUAAAAUAUUUUAUAUUGAAGAAUUAUUAAUGUUUUUCUAUGAUUUAUUCAAAAGAAAAAAUAAUUUUAUUCAAAGGCUCAGCCUCAGCUAUUACCAAUAAUAUUUCGAUAAAAUUGGGUAAAGAUAAAAAAUCCUUCGAUUUUGCUGUCAUUGAUCGACAAAAAAUUCAUAUAGUAAGCACUGACAGUUUAGAAAAUGGUCAAUGUUUAAAUGCCAAAUCGGAUGUAACAAAAGUUGGGUGGUUUACACUUGGGUAUAUGAAUUGUCUUGUAAUAACAUGUAUUGAGGGUUUAAUCAUAUACAAUUGCGAUGAAAAUUUUAAUUGUGUAUACACGCACAAUUGUGAAGAUAAAUCAACUAAGGAAAUUUUUGCCAAGGGUAUAGCUACAUUAGAUUGUACAUAUUUAUGUGUAGGUAACAGCAAUGGUUCAAUAAGAGUAUUUGGACCAGAUCAAGAGGGUAAAAUUACCUUUUUAGACAGAAAACUAUUACAUAGUAUGCCAAUCGCCGAUAUGGCAUCACUUCAAAAUAACUUAGUAUCAUGUGACGAAUCAGGGUGCUGUGUUCUAUCAAAGUUUGAAAAUAGAGAGUUGGUUUUACAGGCUAGAACUGAAUGCUUUGGAGGAUUUUCUUGUACAACUACAGUUAUAUCAAAAAACAUAAUAGCUGUCGGCUAUACUAAUGGAAUGAUUCGAAUAUUUGAUAAAGCUUCAAGAAUAUCAAUUGACGAUAAUGAAGAUAAGCUGCCUCUAAGUAUACAAAUAUCAGCACAUGCUCGGUCGGUGACAUCCAUAUCAUUUGCUAAAGAUGCAGACUUACUGUUAUCAGUAUCUGAAGAUUCGUGGAUUAGAGUUUGGAAAUCAAGUUCUGGGAUUUUUUCAUUGACAUUUUGUUGUAUGAGAGAAGAUGCUUUACUGAUGGGAUGUCAGUUUAUUUCUAGAAAUGGUUCAAAAUUUUGUACUACUUCUUAUAACACACCUUACAUAACAUGCUAUGCACAAGAUCAUGAAUAAUUUUUCUAUAAUCAAUCAUGGAAUUAUAGUAGUUAUUCAAGAAAAUUUACUUUUAAACAUUAAAAAGAAAACUGUUAUUCAUAUUAAUUGACACUUUGAUUUCAUUAAUACACAGUUAGAUAAAAUAAUAUAAAAAUUAUAUUAAAACAAGACAUUGUAUUUUUAUUGUAUAAGUUGCUUAAAUUAUAAAAAUGUAUCAGGUAUUAAACUUAACUCUGUUACUUUUCAAUAUGAAUGACUCAUUUAGCGGGUGACAAAUGGAACCUUAAGUUUUUAACUUCUAAUUAUUACAAGAACAAAGUCAGCAGACUAAAUAAUAAUAAUAAUAAUAAUAAAAAAAAAAAACAA